AUGUUGGGUGAAUGGAGGAUUACGGGCUUCUAUGGCAGGCCCAAUAGGAAUGAAAGGAGAGCUUCUUGGGCUCUCUUGAGGGAAUUAGCUAGUCAAUACUCUUACCCUUGGGUUUGUUGUGGGGACUUCAAUGCCAUUUUGACCCAAGAUGAAAAAAGGGGUGGUAAUUUUUAUCCUACUUAUUUGGUUCAAGACUUUAGAGAUGCAGUACUUCAAGCUGGGCUUUCUGAUGUCAACAUGAAUGGAUACAAAUAUACUUGGGAUAAUGCAAGAGAUGAUGAUGAUUGGGUGGAAGCCAAGCUUGACCGUUUUUUGGCCAAUGAUGAUUGGAAGCGGCGAUUUAUACUAGUGGUUGUCGCGAAAUUGUUGAGGAAAUCUGGCCUGAUCCUUCCUGGUUCGGUUUUGGAGAAGUUACAAUUUUGCAGUGUUCGUUUGGGUGAGUGGGGAGAUAAUCUGCGAAAACUUUAUAAGCAGGAGAUUGACGAUUGUAAGCGGGUAAUGAGUCUCUUAAGGGGUAAGAGAGAUGCUCAUAGUCGAGAAAGCUUUAGGAUGGCCAAAAGCAAAUUUCUAGAUCUUCUUCGCAGGAAAGAAUCUUAUUGGCGUCAGAGAGCAAAGGAAUUUUGGUUGAAGGAGGGCGAUCAAAAUACAAAAUUUUUUCAUCGCAAAAAUACUAUCAGACAAAGGAAAAACAGAAUUGAUCGCUUGAAGGACGAUAAUGGGAACUGGUGUGAUUGGUCGACAGGGUUGGAAGCAAUGAUUACGGAUUAUUUCAAAAAUAUUUUCACUUCUAAUGCUGAUGAAGUCAGGGAGGCUGUUUUCAGUAUGCAAGCCGAUAAGUCUCCUGGGUUGGAUGGUUUCAACCCCGGUUUUUAUCAGAAGUAUUGGACUAUCAUUGGGGAUCAGGUAUCUAAUUUUUGCAUCUCUUGUAUCAGAGAUAGAGAAUUUCCUAGCGAGCUGAAUGAUACGGCUAUUGUCCUAAUCCCUAAGAAGGAGCACGUAGAACGUAUGUCGGAUCUACGCCCCAUAGCCCUUUGCAAAGUUCUCUAUAAAAUAAUCUCCAAGAUGAUUGCUAAUCGGCUUAAGAAAUAUCCAGAAAAGUGCAGAGUUGCUUAUGAAACUUUACACUACAUGAGAGGUAAAAGGCGUGGACGAGAUGGUUAUGCAGCUUUAAAAAUUGAUGUUAGCAAGGCCUUCGACAGAUUGGAAUGGAAAUUUCUGACGGCUAUGUUGAUGAAGCUUGGCUUUGACACAAAUUUUGUAGAGUUCUUAUAUCUCUGCGUUUCUUCUGUCUCUUUUAAGGUUCUUCAUCAAGGGAUGCUUACGGAUGCUAUUUUGCCGGGAAGGGGAUUGCGGCAAGGAGAUCCCCUCUCACCUUAUCUUUUUAUCCUUUGUAUGGAAGGUUUGUCUCGGUUAAUUCACAACAGAGUUGCUAUUGGUCGUCUGAAUGGUGUAGCUGUGGAGGGGCCCCGUGCUAAUGUGCAUGAUGAAACUCGCCAGAAUAUUUGCAAUAUCUUGCAGGUCUGUGAACAAGAUAAUCUGGGCUCUUAUUUGGGUCUUCCCACAGCAAUUGGUCGAAACAAACAGGAAGUCUUCCAAUUUGUGAAAGACAAAUUCUGGAGGCGCAUCAACUCUUGGAAGAACAAAGCCUUGUCUAGAGCUGGCAAGGAAAUUCUUGUAAAGACGGUCUUACAAUCUCUGCCAAACUAUGUCAUGAACCUUUUCCUUCUCCCAAAAGGUAUAUGUGAUGAUUUGCAACAAAUUAUGGCAAGAUUUUGGUGGGGGACAAAGGUUGAUGGAAGUAGAAGUUUACAUUGGUUGGGUUGGGAUCGCCUUGCUUGCCAUAAACAUUUUGGCGGUUUAAGUUUCAAGAAGAUCAGACAAUUUAAUAUCGCUAUGCUUGGUAGGAUGGGUUGGCACUUGUAUAUGAACUCUAAUUCUUUGGCUAGCCGAAUACUUAAAGCUAAAUAUUAUCCUAAUGUUUCUUUCUUAGAGGCUCCUAUUGGGAAUAAUCCCAGCUAUGUUUGGAGAAGCAUUAGAGAAUCUCAAAGUUUAAUUCGUGAUGGUCUUCUAUGGCGUGUUGGGGAUGGCAAUGAUAUUGCUAUCUGGCUAGAUAGUUGGCUGCCAGAUGUUGCCUUCCCUAUGGUUACUACAACCUUUGACUUUAAUUUUAGGGUCUAUAUGGUUUCGAAUUUGAUCACUGAAGGUGCUUGGAACAUUGAUUUGGUGAAUCGUGUGUUUAAUGAAAGGGAUCGAAAACUUAUUCUGUCAAUCCCUUUAAGAAGGAGCUCUAGCAUUGACUUGCAAUUUUGGAAACAUGAUAAGAGAGGCGCUUAUUCGAUAGCAAUCCGGUUCUCUAUCGACCAGAUCAAGACUUUGUUCUCGCAUGUUCCGACCACGCAGGUUUGUCCAUUAUGUAAUGUUGAUUGUGAAUCUGUAAAGCAUGUUUUAGUUGAAUGCUCCUUUGCAAGGCAUGUUUGGCUUGCCUCUCAUCUUGGUUGGUUUUCUCCUUCAACCCAUUCCUUUCAAGACUGGUUAAUGCGAGCUUUAGCUCUCUUCAAUCCAAAUGACUCUGCAACUUUGGCGUACCUAUGUUGGUCUAUAUGGGAGGAACGCAAUUCAGUGGUUUGGAAAUCUGCUCAGCCUGCUGCUAACUCCUGCAGAUUGAGAGGCCUUCGUCUCAAACGAGAAUGGGACGAUGCUCUGGUUAGUAUACGGGCUGCUAUUCCACCGACUGCAGAUUUGCCUACACCACAGGAAUGGAAAAAGCCAGGCCCUAACUGGGUGAAGCUCAAUGUUGAUAUCGCUACCAAUGUCAAUUCUGGAUGGACAGGAAUCGGAAUGGUGGUACGUAAUGAAAUGGGCAGUUUUGUGGCUUGUAAGAUUUCGCGCAUGGUAGGAUUAUUCUCACCUACAAUUGCUGAAAUUAUGGGAGUACGAGAAGCUUUGAGCUGGAUAAAGGACAACAAUUGGCAAAACGUUAUUGUGGAAUCUGAUAAUUUGCAGGUUGUUAAUGUUCUCAAUUCCAUGAAUGUGGAAAAUUUCUCUAUGAUGGGUGGUAUUGUUUCUGAUUGUAGAUCUCUUAUUAAUGAGAUUAGUUGUGAGAUUCUGUUUUCUCAUGUUUUCCGUUCGGCGAACGGGGUGGCUCAUGCCCUUGCUCAAGCUACUCGUUCCUUUCCGAAUGCUAUGGAGUGGACUCUUUCUCCUCCUGAAUUUGUAUCUCUUCUUUUGCUUUAA